AUGCCAAAGAAAAAUCAAACCACAGUGACUGAAUUUAUUCUCCUGGGACUUUCCAGUGACCCACAGAUGCAGAUUUUCCUCUUCUCGGUGUUUUUAGUUAUUUACCUAAUCACUCUGAGUGGUAACAUAGUGAUCAAGGUGGUGAUAAGAGCAGAGUCUCACUUUAACACCCCUUUGUACUUCUUCCUCUUCCAUUUAUCCUUUAUUGAUAUCUGCUAUUUCUCGGUCACGGUGCCUAACACGCUGAGGAACUUCCUAGCAGUGCAAAAAAUUAUUUCUGUCAAUGGCUACAUUGUCCAGAUGUUCUUCAUCCUCCUCUCAGGUGGUGCUGAAAUUCUCAUUCUCUCAACCAUGGCUUCUGACCGCUACGCUGCCAUCUGUGACCCAUUGCGUUACAUGGAGAGAAUGAGCAAAGGGAUCUGUGUUCAGCUGCUGUCCUGCAUUGUGACCCUCACCAGUCAAGUGGUGCUUCUUACUUCUGUUCUGAUAUUUGGAUCAAGCUCCUUUCUCCUCACCCUGAUCUUCUACAUUCACAUCACCUAUACCAUCCUGAGGAUACGCUCUGUGGAGGACAUGCAUAAAGCCUUCUCCACCUGCAGCUCCCACCUGAUUGUGGUUGUCUUAUUCUACCCGACAGGUUUUCUCCAGUACACAAAAUCCAGCUCGGUCUCCUCUGUCAUGCUGGAUGAAAUGUUCUCCAUUCAGUACAGCGUCUUGACCUCCAUCUUAAACCCCAUCAUCUACAGCCUAAAAAACAAGGAGGUGAAAAUGGCUGUAGGGAAAAUGUUGAGGAAAUUGAAGUUUAUCAAGUAA